CAGGAAGGAUGAGGUCCUCUGUGAUGCCUUUGGGGCCCACUGUGAGCCGGGACCGCGUCAUCACCAGCUUCCCUAAGUGGUACACGCCCGUCGCCUGCCUGCAGCUCCGGGAGCACUUUCACGGGCAGAUCAGCGCCGCCUGCCAGCACGGGAAUACGGGGACCGUCGGGCUCAAACUCUCCAAGGUGGUUGUGGUCGGCGACCUCUACGUGGGCAAGACCAGCCUCAUCCACAGGUUCUGCAAGAAUGUUUUUGACCGUGACUACAAGGCCACCAUCGGGGUGGACUUUGAGAUGGAGCGCUUUGAGGUCGCCGGGAUCCCCUUCAGCCUCCAGAUCUGGGACACAGCAGGACAGGAGAAGUUCAAGUGCAUCGCGUCUGCCUACUACCGGGGUGCCCAGGUGAUCAUCACGGCCUUUGACCUCACUGACAUGCAGACCCUGGAGCACACCAGGCAGUGGCUGGAGGACGCACUGAGGGAGAAUGAACCAGGCGCCUGCUUCCUGUUCCUCGUGGGGACCAAGAAGGACCUUCUGUCAGGGGCCGCGUGCGAGCAGGCGGAGGCAAAGGCCGUGCGCCUAGCCAACGAGAUGCAGGCCGAGUACUGGUCCGUGUCGGCCAAGACCGGGGAGAACGUGAAGGCGUUUUUCAGCCGCGUGGCCGCCCUGGCCUUCGAGCGCUCGGUGCUGCAGGACCUGGAGCGGAGGAGCAGUGCCCGGCCACAGGUCGGCGACGGGGACAUCAUCCGGAUGGAGGGACAUCCACCCGAGACCCAGGACAGCAAGAGGCCCUCCAGCCCGGGUUGCUGUUAGCUGAGCCUGUGUCAGAGGCCUCCACUGCCUGCA